AUGAGUGUAAUAACUGUAAUAAAUAAUCACGAAUUUUUUUUAUCUAUUGUUAAUAACCCGUCAAAUCCCUUGCAACCAGACUUUUUGUGUUCAGUGGAAGAAAAAUUUAGUGAUGUACAAAACACACCUUCAAAAGCAAUCAACUUAUUAUAUUGGGAAUUGUUUGGAGGCCAAACUGAGCAUUCGGGUUUAGCAGUAUUUGGGUUUUAUAAUAAAGAGAUUAUAUUAGAAAUACCUACUGAUAUUUCAUUUUUUCCAUUAUUCAUAAAAGUUGACAAGUUUUCUAUAGUAGUUUCAAAAAUUGGAUAUUCUUCGCGCGAAGAUCUUCUAUACGCUGGUCCUGGUUACACAUCAUCUUUAUUAACAUGCCGUGGUUCAGAGACUUACCUUAUUUUACAACAAGUUUUAGACAACUAUUGUAGUUUGCGGGUUUAUAAAGGUAGAAAUGAAGUAUACCAAUAUGUUGGUGAAAUACCAAUUAUCGUUUGGAAGAAGUAUGGAAUGCACCAAAAUAGGGAUCAUCUUGCACUUUUUGGGUUAAAAGAUCCAAAAGUUCAGUCAUUGUUGACAAAUAAAAAAGAAGAUAUAACAUGCGAGGAUAUAGUCGAGGCAGCGAAAGGGCUUUCUGGAACAUCGUUAGCCGAAAUUAAAAUAAAUCGUGAUGAUAGAAAAUUUAAUGCAUCUCUUAUUCAUCCAAAACCCAUAGUUUCAGCACACACGGAACCCAUAUCUGAUUGGACUAUGCCAAUCCCAACAAUAAAAGUUCCUUCGAAUAAUGUAAUAAGUGAAGAUAUUGAAAUGGAAGACGUUAUAAAUUUCAAUGAUGAGGAGGAUUAUUCUGAGAUAGAUAUUGAAGAAAACGAUGCUGGUGAACAAGAUGCAUUUAUUCAUUUUUAA